AUGGGUCGCAGGCCCAACCAACUGAUUAUCGACUAUUUUGAACGCGGCCCCAAGCUCGAAGAUGCGAGCAAUCGCUACCAGCACACGUGCAAGUCAUGCGGCGAAAAAUUCCCCAAGGGCCGCAUCGACUCCCUCACAAACCACCUGGCCAAAAAAUGCCCGGCACUACCCCCCCGCGACCGCCAGCGUGUCCUACUGCAAUUAAAUGAAAUGCCUCUACCUGACAGCAUGGGCCAGCCUGCCAGUGCUACAGGAGCAGGAGCAGGAGCAGGAGCGGGCACAGGUACAGGUACAGGUGCAGGUGGAGAUGCGGCUGCGAAUGUCAUUGCCGGCACCAGCGCCAUGGGGCAGGGCGGCCGCAAGAUGAGCCUUCCGUAUGCGCCCUCGAAGCAGCUCUCUGCCUUGGAGACGCUGGCCGAGGUCUCGCGACAACACCUCGACCUGUCCGGCAAGCGACUGACUGCCAAACCGCCAGCCCAUGCGAAUCACGCCAACCACACCGGCUUCAUAGACGAGUUCCUCGUUCAGGACGACAGGCCAGAUGGUUGCGACAUGGGCAGCCUCUCACAGGCCAUGGACAUAUCGAAUGCGCCCGCGCUGCCUUCCAUGUACCAAUUCAAUGGCCCAUUGCACCAUUCACCCACAAGCUCACCCCACAUGGGAAGCAUGCCGCUCUCUAACUCUGCCUCCAUGUCACAUAUGGUCCCCUCGCUGGUCAUGGCAGCAUCGGCCGCCAACGAUCUCAUGCCACUGACCGGCGGCAUGACCACGGACUCGGACAUGACCCUCUCGGGUAACAGCAUGCACAACAUGUCAGAGAAGCUGUUCCAAUCACAGGACCACGGGCAAUGGGCAAGCCUGCAACCAAAUUCCCUGGACCCUAUGUUGCAGGACCACGGCAAAGACCACAUCAUGUCUCAGGCUGACCGUGUACACAAAAUCACCACUCAUCCGCGGCCAAUCGCGAUGAAUCCAAAUACACAGACUCACUUCACUACCGACUUCAGCAUGAACCAGAAACCUGCAAAACCCAAAGUCAGAGGCCGCUUCUCCGAUUCGAGACGCAAAGAAGUGCAGGAAGUCCGCAAGCGAGGUGCCUGUAUUCGCUGUCGCAUGCUCAAGAAACCUUGCUCCGGAGAGAACCCGUGCAAUACGUGUCAGAACGUGGAGAGCGCUAGGCUUUGGAAGCAGCCGUGCAUACGGACCAGGAUCGCCGAAGAGUUCAGUCUCUACUCUGCGGGUUUGCAUACUGUAUUGGCAUACCACGCAACAAACCAAGCAAAAGGUCAGGUGCGACUAAACCAGACGCCUGGUCGAAUCGAGGCCACCCAUUUCCCUGACGCCGCCACAUUCGUGACAUUCUCGCCACUGAAAUGCCAGCACCCACAUGCUGCCCAAAGUACAGACAUUGAUCCCGCUAUUCUGGCUGCACUUGCAUCUUCGGACCUCGAAAUGAUCGAUAGUGACGAUGACAUCAGCGGUAAACUAGACUUGUAUAUCAAGAAGAUGGGCUCCUGCUUUCACAAUAGAGAAGACUCGCCGUUCAUGGAAGUCACAUCACGAACCGCGUUAAAUAUGAGCCGCUCUAAUCCAGAUGGACUGUUAGCCAAGGUGCUAGAAUUGUGGAAUCUGACGCGACUGCUUACUUCUCGUAGUCUGGCCUGGCAUAUAUCUUCCAACCCAUCUCUUGCCCCUACAAUGGCCCCAUCCAUACUCAAUUCAGCGGAUAUAGAGGAUGCCGCCCGGAUCCACAUAACCGCCCUUACUCACCAGCCUUCGUACGACCUUAUCGUCUCACAGCUUAUGGGUGCUACGGAAAAGCGUGCAUCCUCUCUGGCUCGAAUAGUCAUGAAUGAUCUGGAACGACGUCUGCUCCAACGCCAACAGGCAAAUCCUUUCGAGACAUUUCUGGUCGCUGUGAUCCUCUUGUCCUGUGUUGAGCGGAUGUGCUGGCUCUUCCGCACAUGGGAGGUCCAAACCGCCGCUGCUCCAUCCUCAAAUGCUGAGCUGACACAGCAGAGUUCUUCUUCAAAGCAGGAUCUAGCGUCGGCUCUUGAACUCCCAUCCUCCCCCGCCGCGCCCGUACAAAAUGUUCCUUACCCACCAUUGCGCAACCCAAGGUGGCCUCUCGACAAGUCUCCCGCUGCAUUCUCUCAGCAAGGUGAGCGUUUCAGCGAUAUUCUGAACAUGCUGCUUAAGAUGCGUGGUGUUCCCCCAAAGCCUACUCCCCGAAGCACAGAUGGUGUACUUUCCAUGUGGGGGGAUGAUGUCGAUGAGAAGGUUCGCGAUUGGUAUGAUGAUAUUGCAAUUACCUGUGAUAGGUUAGACGAGAAGGCCAACGCGCGGUUCCUGGGGGCGGACUCGCGGGAAUGGGAAUUAAAAUAUGUGGGGAAAGUGAUUCGCGGUGACUGA